UGAAACUUUACAAUGAAUCUGAAAUCGAAAUGUGAUAAUACUAGGAAAGAAGGCCCAAUUCGUUGUAUAUUUUUCUGUGAAUUUCACCACACAGCUGGUCCCAUGAUAUCAUGUCAAGUUCCAGAAAAUUACAUUUCGAAAGAACUAUUUGAUAGCAUAAGUGUUUACAUUAUUACAAAGGCAGAAUUACAAAGAAGUGUCAUUACAGUAACUCUUCACGAUUAUAAAAUUCUGGGAUUCCCCGUAAAAAUAGACGAUAGAGAUAAGUACGUACGGAAUGCGUUUCAUUUCAAUUUGUGCUUCGUUUGUGAUAGUAACGCAAGAACCGUUCAAUACGAAACUGUCGUCAUGAAAUUCUCAAACUAUCUAAUUGCCCGAGAAGGUGAAUGUAGUUUUUUAUCGGAUGGUAAAGUUAACGAAAAAUUAUCUCCAAUUUUAACACAAGUAAUGGACGAGCUUAACAACAAAGGGGAAUGUGCCUUAAUCGAGGGUGCAACAACGACUCAUUUAAAAGUAUGCACGAUUCGUUUAGACCCUACACCUGUCAUGGAUCACCAGGUGCCGAUAUUUAUUAGAGAGCUUCCCGAACAACAAUGGGAUUUAACGACACAACAAGUAACCCCGUUCAUCGAUGGUUUCAAUCACGUUUCCAAAAUAGCCGUUUUAUCGGAUGUGGAAAAUAAUUUAGUGAAGGCCUGCGUUCAGAAUUUAGUUUACUAUGGAGUUGUAGCCUUAAUACCAUUAUUUCAGUACGGAAAUGUCUAUUGCACAACACCCAAACUCAAAAUGAUGAUGCAAGAUAACGACAUGCAGAAAAAAUGUUUAAACUACGUCGCAAAGAAUCCAAGGCACCUGCCGGUUAUCAGAGAUGUUUUCCGAAUAUAUUCUGCAAUGACUAGGGGUACCACGAUACGAGAUCUUUGUAUCAGAUUCAAUCCAUCUAAUUUAAGGAUCAACGAAAGAAAAUUAGUGCAGUUUGGAGUACUCGAAGGUAUCAUACGUAGAGUGCAGAAAUAUCCAGUAAUCCUCUCUGAUAAUGCUGAUUUGCAUAAAAGCCUGUCUGGCGUUUCUAGUCUCGAUGAAUUGUGUUGUUCGAUAGGAGUGCCUUCACAACAAUUGGAAGACCAAUUGGAAAGGGACAAUAAUGUUAUGUUGUUGUGGAAAUAGACUCUUAUUUUAAUUAUAAUUGUUAUAAGAAGUUUAUUUCUAAUAGUUAUUGC